GACACAGAGAGAGCAAGCAUGGCGGAAUCAGGAGUCCCUCCAGUGCCCAGCCCUGCGGCCAUGUCCUACCCAACAGCCUCUAUGAACCUGCCAACGGGCACAGAAGUGCUCAGGACAUACUCUGGAGCCUUCAUCUGUCUGGAAAUUAUAUUCGGGGCACUUGUAUGGAUCUUAGUGGCAGCCUCGAAUGUCCCGGUCCCCGUAGUCCAAGGAUGGGUCAUGUUUGUGUCAGUGACGGCAUUCGCGUGCUCGCUCCUCCUGCUCUUGGUCUUCCUCACCGGCUUUGUCCAUAUGAUUCCGACCAACUGGAAUUUUGUGGACCUCGCUUACCACUUGACCGCAUUUGUAUUCUAUUUUGGAGCCUUCGUCCUUGAAGCUGCAGUGACCUCUCUAGCAAAUCUGAUGCGGAAGGAAAACUCGACUGUCAUACACCUUGAUAAUCGCAUGCUUGGGCUGAACGUGGCUGCCACGAUAUUUGCUUUUACGGUUACCGUUUGUUAUGGCUGCAGCAUGGUCCUAGGUUUUCGGCGAUGGAGGUCUUAAGCCGCUAGAAGACCAGGCAGACACCUUAUCUGAAACUGGUGCAAGUUAAUGGAUGUUAAGAGAAAGAACUGUAAUCUAGAACGUUUCAACGAAGAGAUCAGUCAAGGAAGACUUACUGGAAGAAUGAGAUCCAGAUAUCAGCAGAAGGAGAAACAAAGAGAAAGCCUCCUUCUAACAUUCAAUGUGCAUGGAUUUGCGGCUGUAAGAUCCUGCUGCAAUAUUCAAGUAAAAAAACAGACCAACAAGAAGCCUGGUUUAAGCAUUUAUAUCUGGUUAAGCAGCAAUGACAAUAUUAUACAAGGCCUUCAGCACAGUCUAGAGGUCUUAAAUUAUUUAAAAUCAUCAUAAUAUCAAUUUUGGGACCUACAACCAAACAGCCAUGAAGAAGAUAUUGCAAUAAUUCUAAGGUUUGCAAUGUUUGCCAAAGAAAUACUAUUAUGCGCCAUCACCGCCCUGCUAUUUGUUAUACUGAAGCUACAGCCAAUAAUAAGAAGACUAAAGUACACAGAAGAAUGUGUUCCAAUAUUGCCGGCUAAAAAUUUGUCUUAGGGGCAUUCUGGAUAUUUUGUUGCCCGGGCAAUUUCUGAGCUGGAGAGCAGGCAACAACAAUCUCAGAAUCACUCCCCAUUCACUAAGAUGGCAAUCAGUUGGACUCAAAGGAACCUCAAGUCACAGAUUUUGCCAAACUGAAGAACAGGAGGGUGAGGGGUGUAGAUGGUUGGUCAGAGGUUUUCACAAAAAAAGGCUUGGAUUGGAAGAAUUCAGAUGGGUUCAUAGCUAUCCAGCAUUAAAUUUAGUGCUAUAUUUCAUGGGAACAAUAGGUCAGGUUAAGCAUCUGAUGAAGUGAUGAAUAACUACUAGCUCAAAUGGCUACUCAUAAUCCAUAGUCAUCAGUGUUUUCUUAGAUUUGCCCCAGCUCAAUACUUGGAAUAGCUGAAACUUGCACUUGUAUGAUGUCUUUGGUUGCAACAAACCCCCUGUAUUAUUUCAAUGCCCAAGAGCCAACACUUGGAUCUGUAAAAUUGUACCAGCUUUAGUAUUUUACCUCUUUAGUUUAGGGAUAAUUUUGGCUGGACUGGUCUGGAUCCAGAUGUACUGUAUAAGGUUUCUUUAUUAUACAUCAAACUCUGGAUAACUGUGAAUCCUUCUGUAAAAAACAAAAGAGAGCCAUGAUGCGCAUUAAGAGUUGAAGUAACUAGUGAUCCUACCCUAAAAACCGCUCAAUUGCUUCCUGGAUUCAGAAUUUCCCUUUGCAACACUCUCCAACAAUAAGAUUAGAAAAUUACAUUUGAUUAUUUUGAAAUAAUUGCAUUGUCUUUGUACAGAAUUCUAGAACAAAGACAUCUAUUUCUAGUUGUUGAUAUGCUGUGAGUCCGAUGGAACAUUCCUAAAGCCAUGGUCACAUAACUACAAAUGUAUCUAAUGGCCCUUGUACUUGCACUUGUUUGUAACUGUCUCGGCAUCUUAAACAUUAAUAAGCCUCACAGCACAGCAUUCACGACUCUUUGUCCAACAACUCAGGAGUCAUUUGUUCCAACAGGUAAAUUAUAUAUUAAGCUUUAUCAACAGAUCAUGUUUCCUUUACAUGACUUUUACUUUAACCUCUGUAAAAGUUUUAUGGCAGGGCUACCAAAACCUGGGCUAUGGGCCGUUUGGCAUUAAGCACAUUAAGCUGUAGGCUAGACAGGCCAGACCAAGUGCAGUUGUAGAACAGAAUGAAUGUGAUGCAUUAAAAGCCUACCUAUUUGCAUUGUAAUGGUAAUUCUUUUAAAAACAUUGUUUUGUGUUUGAAAUAUCCAGUAUAUUUUAUAGGAAGACUCGGUGCAUUUUACAA